AUGUUCCUCCAGCGUACCGCUACCGCCCUCGCGCGGCGCUCGCCCGCCCGCGCUAUCACUCUCGCUCAGCGCCCAUUCUCUUCGUCCAUCGUCCGCAACAACGACAAGAAGUGGGCCGUUAAGGACGAGGGCAAGAUCCUUUCCUUCGAUGAGAUCAAGGACGAGAGUGACCUCCUCCCCCCGGCUACCGGUCUCGAGCGUCUCGAGCUCAUCGGAAAGAUGCAGGGCAUCGACAUCUUCGACAUGCGUCCCCUUGACGCUUCCCGCAAGGGAACGCUCGAGGACCCCAUCAUGGUCCCCGGUGCCGGUGAGGAGCAGUACGCUGGUUGCACUGGUUACCCCGUCGACUCCCACCAGGUUAACUGGCUUACCGUCUCCCGCGAGCGUCCUAUUGAGCGCUGCAACGAGUGCGGUAACGUCGUUAAGCUGAACUACAUCGGACCCGAGACCGACCACUCCCACGAUCACGACCACGACCACGGCCACCACCACCCCCCUCACGUUGAGCCCAAGACUUUCGCCGACUACGUCAAGCCCGAGUACUGGUACCGGUAA